CCGCACGUCGCGCAAUCGACAGCGAUGGACACCGUGAUCGAGCAUCCCGCUCUCGAAGACCAGGACGAGUCCGUCCGCAUCGCCGUUCGCGCCCUCGGCGACAUGCGCAACAGCGUGCACGCCUCCCCCACGACGUCGUUCCAACCGACCCCCGCGCUGUCCGCGACGUCGCGCUCGACUUCGCCCUCGCUGCCCGAGGAGGAGCAGGCAGACUUUGUGUCGAGGGUGUCGACCUUGCCUCUCGUCAAUACGGCGCUGCGAGCAUACGAGCAGGGAAAAGCCUCUUCCAGGGUCGUCAAGUACGGCGCGGAGAUGAUGGAGUCUUCCGUCAAGACGAUCUCGCGGCCUGUCAUCGAACGGCUACCUGUGGGCCAGCUCGACGAGUUUGCGUGCAGGCAGCUUGACAGGCUCGAUACCUAUCGUCGAAAGCAGUCCCCUGAGCGUGGACGUCAUCCCGAUGCAUCUCCCGAUCUUGCCAACGGAGGCUGGACGUCCGCGCUCCGCGAUAUAUCGAUCGCGCGCGGGCGGCGGCGGGACGCGGAGAGAGAGAAUGAACGUGACAGGGACGCGAGCAUGACUCGUGGCGAUGAUGCAAAGGUGACGAGCAUACACGAGUUGAGCAGUCGGACGCCCACUCCAAGACAAGACGAGCGCGCAAAUGCUGAACAGCAGCAGCAAGUCGUACAACGAAGCCGGUGGCAAGCCGUGCUACUUGAAGCUGGCGGUAUUGGUGCAGCUGUCAGUGAAGAGAGCAUGCGAAGGCUCAAGUACUGUCUGCAAUGGCUGCAGUACGCCACUGCCCACAUUGAUGCCCAAAUACUAGUCCUACGCGACUUUAUCGCGUCUCUGCAGCACUCUACCUCCUCGUCGACAGCCCUGGCUGCUCCGCUAACCGAACACCAUCUACAAACACUAACGAUCAUUCGACGCGACGUCGUGGACACUAUCCGACAAGUCGUCGACGUCGUUUCCAAGUAUGCCGGCGGGGCUCUGCCGGAACCUGCGCGGACCCGAGUACGGCAGUUUAUCUUGUGCUUACCACAACGUUGGGCACACGCUGCACCAGGCCCUCUCAGUGCAACGGCAGCUGCCGCGUCGGCGAAUGGAUCAGCGAGUAUGAAUGGGUCGGAUGGCAAGAAGGACGUAAGUUCGGGUCGGGGCAGAGGAAGGACUGCUCCGUACACCUACGGCCCGGGGGAGGCUGGACCAUCGCCUCGGUCUCGGCCAGCCUCACGAGCAACGUCACCAUCGUCAUUGCGCACACAUCCUCAUGGUAGGCAGGGUGCCAACGGUGUAGCUGUUCCUACCGCUGGUGCGGCAGCACAAGCCGCGCAGAAGAUUCUAACGCUCGCGACCGAGAGCUUAGAUAUGCUCAGGGCUGUUACCGGAGUUUUCAAGGAGAGCUUGGACAAGGCCGAUGCAUGGGUUGAGCGCCUGCGCGUUGUCGGUCUCCAGCGGCAGUCAUCCAACGCAGUCUCCUCUCCGCCUCCAACACUACCACCUCCGUCUUCUCUCACCCUUCACCAGUUGCAAUCUCUGCCUCUGGAUACCUAUCGUGACCCACUCCCGCCAAUCCAGUCGACACCAAACUCGAGUCGUGCGCACUCUCCCGUGCCAUCUUUUGCACAGUUACAGCUCCCGCCGCUUGAUCCGGCGCUGAUUGCUGCCUCAGGCUAUGCCGCACGUCAACAACAGCUCAAUGGCCGGGGCGUGCUACGGCGCGAGCCGCACAAUGUGCGCGGGCCCGAGAAGGAGUUUGAUGCACUCACGCUCAGCUCGGGCUCUGCCUCGGCCGCGAGCAGUGUUCCGCCAAGCCGGUUCACGACGCCCCGCAUGCAGCCGCUCAGCCUUAGUCCUGAUGGCGAUGGUGGAGGUGGCAGCUUCUUGCGAGACGACGAAGACGUGCGGCGGCCGAUAAGCGCGGAACGGGAAGUGCCCAGCAAGUCCGAGGGUACGGGACGGAUGGACAUUGACCGAUAGCGCGAUACCCGGCCCUGUCGUGGUGCUUGAGCCUGAAGCGUGUCACCGCUACAGUGCUGCUGAUGGUUUCUUUAUUUGAUGUCUCCGUUUUCUCUCUCUCUCUCCAUUAUAUCAUACACCUUACGCUACACCUCCCUAUCUUUCUAUUUCCUACUGAUUCAUGACCUCUUGAUCCUCUGCGUGGCCCAC